AAAGUUUAGGGUCCUUUGUAAUUCUUAGAAACAAAGCACAUGCAUACCGUAGCCUCAAGGCCCGCUUCGUCAUAUCUCUAAGUCAGUUUGUUACUUAUCCUUACACAAGGCGCACCUAAACAUAUUGUUGAGUUAACUGUGAAAAUUGUAACAUGUCGCAAAAAAGAAAACAAAUCAAUAUCGAAGAAAAAUCGCGUAUUAUUUCAAAGCUAGAGAAAGGAAUUCCAAACAAAGACCUGGCAAAAGAAUAUGGUGUAUCACACUCGACAAUUUCAACCAUUUGGAAAAAAAGGGAGAAAAUUCAAAUCCUUUACGACAAGAAUUUUUUGAAAAUGAAACGAGCCAGAACCACGCGGCAUACGAAGAUUGAAGAAGCUUUGUUAAAGUGGUUUAAAUAUCAAAGGACAAAUAAUGAGCCAAUAAAUGGACCAAUUCUUCAAGAAAAAGCAAACGAUUUUGCUCAACGUUUUGGUGAAGAUUUUGUUUGCUCGUCUAGUUGGAUUCAACGUUUCCGGGCUCGACAUGGCAUUGUCGGCGGGAAAAUGAGAGGUGAAGCUGCCAGUAUAGACGAAUGGAUUACGCAAAAGUGGCCUACAUUAUGCGAAGGCUACAGUCCAGAAGACAUUUAUAACGCAGACGAAACCGGACUUUUUUACAAUAUGACACCAGACAAGACUUUAAAAUUCAAAGGAGAGAAGUGUUCGGGAGGAAAAAUGUCCAAGACGAGACUAACGAUCAUGGUUGCAGCAAAUAUGACAGGAUCCUGUAAAAGGAAGCUUUUAGUUAUUGGGAAAUCUAAGAAACCAAGUUGCUUUAAAAACAUACGCUCACUGCCGGUAACGUAUGAACACAAUGUGAAGUCAUGGAUGACAUCGGAAAUUUUUGAAAGAUGGUUACGAAACUGGGACGCUGAAUUAAAAGCAAACAAGAAGAAAGUUCUUCUUUUAGUUGAUAAUUGCCCUGCUCAUCCGGCUGUUACUAAUCUGAAGUGUAUUAAACUCGUGUUCUUACCACCAAAUGUUACAUCUGUACUGCAACCUAUGGACCAAGGUGUAAUAAGAUGUUUAAAAUCUCAUUAUAGAAGACUGCAAGUGUUAAAGUUAAUACAAAGCAUUGACAGUAAUAAUCAGAACAGCUUUACGGUUCUUGAUGCCAUCUUGAUGAUAUCAGAAGCAUGGGAAAAAGUUUCGCAAAAAACUAUAGCUAACUGCUUUGGGCAUGCAGGUUUUAACGAUCUUACAAGUCUUAUAACAAGAACCUCAGAUGAUGUGAUUGACGAUGAUGAAGAGGACAAUAUUUCUUUGGCUCAAUUAGCCCAAAAUUUACGACCUGCUUUAUCUACUACUGAAACAGACGAGUUCAUUUAUGUAGAUCAGUCUAUUGCAAUUUGUGCACCAGCUACGGAGGAUGAUAUUGUACGUGAAGUUCAAGAGGAAAAUGAAAAUGAACAGGAAGACUCGGAAGAACAAUUUACAGUGCCAACUUUGAUUGACGGUCUCAAUGCUGUUAGUGUAUUAAGAAAGAUUGUUAUUUUUAAUGAAGAGUUAAAUAUACAGGGAAGUUGGGACGAUACGCUGAUUAAAAUCCAACGUGAAUUACAAAAUGUGUAUGCACGACAGAAGUGUUUCAAACAAACUAAAAUUACAGAUUUUAUGCGUACAGAAAUGAUGGAAAAAUGAUACUGUUCUUUUAUAUUAUACGUUUGUAUUGAAGUAA